AUGGCUCCUGCUAGCGGAAGCCCCGAUGACUUCAACUUUAUCAUGACAUGUCUGAAACAUGUAGAGACGAAGCCCAAGAUCGACUUUGACGAAGUCGCGAAGGAGAUAGGAGCAAAGAGUGGCAGCGCAUGCUAUCACCGUCACUGGGGUAUCAUGAAAAAAUGGGGUCUUGCCGGUGGGAGUGGCAGAGGUCGCCAACCGGCUUCAGCCACUGCUGACAAAGUUACCACGUCUCGCAAGCGCAAGGUCAAGGACGAGGAGAACGGCGACGGAGGCCCGGCGGCCAAGAAGGCCAAAGCCGCGGCCAAGAAGAAAGCCAUGCAGCCAAAGGUCGAGGAAGUGAACUCCGAAAACGACACUAAGGACGAAAAGCAAAGCAUCAAGUCAGAAGUCGAGGACGAACUCGAGGACGAAGAGGAAUGA